AUGAAGUGGGCUACCCUUACCCUCAUGGCCACCCUGGCCUCGGUUGCCUCGGCCGGCCCGCUGGCUCCCCGCAGCGACCUGCCCCCGGCGGUCCUCAAGAGCUCCGACGCCGCCAUCUUUAGCGAGCGCCGCGACAACACCGCCUCGCCCACGGCCCUCAGCAACUACAAGCAGUACCAGCUGCCCGCCCAGCUGGCGCAGGGCGCCUACUGCAACCUGCCCGUCGGCGGCAGCAUCGCCGACCUCAAGAUCCUCUGGACGGCGGGCGACGGCAACGACAUCCCCUUUGUCUACGUCGGCUACUCGCCCUCCAAGGGCAUCGUCGUCUCGCACCAGGGCACCAACACCAAGUCGUUUGCCAGCAUCCUCAACGACGUCGACUUUUUCCUCGACCCGACCGACUCGCGCCUGAGCUUCCUGGGCAGCGACGUCAAGAUCCACGGCGGCUUCCAGGACACCUGGAAGGCCACGGCCGACCAGGUGCUGGCCCAGGUCAAGGCGGCGCGCACAAAGUACCCCAACGCCGGCGUCUUUACGACGGGCCACUCGCUCGGCGCCGCCAUCUCGCUCCUCGACGCCCUCUACCUCAAGAACAAGCUGCCGGGCGUCUCGGUCACCUCGGCCACGUUUGGACUGCCGCGCACGGGCAACCCAGAGUUCGCCAACGCCGUCGACGGCUACCUGCCCGGCUUUGUCCACAUCAACAACGGCCGCGACCCCGUGCCGCGGCUGCCCGGCGGCGGUCUGGGAUUCCAGCAGGUCAGCGGCGAGAUCUGGAUCAACCCGGCCAACGGCCUCAGCGCCGUCAGCUGCCCCGGGCAGGAGAACAGGAACUGCAUCCUCAGCGUCAACCCGCUCACCUUUGAGGUCGACGACCACACCGGCACCUACUUCAAGGUCCGCAUCGCCGGCCGUGGCGCCAACUGCCCGCCCGUCAUCUCGGCCUAG